GUCUGUGAUUGGCUGUUGUGCCUAAAGCCUCGGAAGUGUCAUUUUUGGACUUGAGCAUAACUUCGGCAGAUCUAGCGGUGGUGUGAGGGCGGCUACGAGUUGAUUCACAACUUUCGGGACGAAAUGGCCACCAGAAAGCACUAAAACAGGAGGCGGGAGGAUGUCUGUGGAGGUGGACUUGCUGCUGCAGGAGGCGAAAGAAAGCAUCGAGGCGGCCCAGAACUACCGUAGUGAACUCCAGCAGCGUCUGCAUGGCCUCAACCAGGCCCGCAAACAGGUCCGGGGCAGCUCGGGUCAGGCCCGCGAGGCCCUCCGGCGGCACUUUGUGGAGCUGCAGGCGGCAGCGAGUCGGUUGCUGACAGAGCGAUUGGCCACCCUGCUGGCCGAGGUGGACGUCAUCGAGGCAGACAGCGUCAAACCGCUAGAUGACUGCCAGAGCCUCAUUGAGCACGGGGUGGGCCAGGCUGACGAGCUGCUGAGAGAGGGGGAAGCAGCUCUGCGUUGUGGUCUUGGGGAGAAGGAGGACCAACUGGGCAGUUUCACCAAGAAGGCCAUGCACAUCCAGCUGGACAGUUUACCUGAGGUACCAGCGUUGGUGGACGUGCCGUGUGUUUCAGCCCAGCUCGACGACUCCCUGCUGGGUCUGCUGAAGGACCGGGUGUCCCGCCACGGCUCCGUCUCCUCCCACCCGCCCGUCCAGAUCGACGAGCUGCAGGAGAGACCGGGCAGCAUCCUGGUCCGUUGGUGUAAGGUGGAUGAGGACUUUGCAGCAGCAGAUUAUCGGCUGCAGUACCGGCGGUCUGGCAGCGGGGGGAGCCAGUAUGAGGACGCCUUCAUCGGUCGAGACUGUGAGUUCCUGGUUCUCCACCUCGACCCUCACACCGAUUAUCUGUUCAGGGUCUGCGCCCGCGGGGAGGGUCGCACCGAGUGGAGCCCCUGGAGCAUCCCACAGACAGGAUACACCACACUCGCACCGCAUGAGUGGUGUCCGGGCACUGAGGGCUACAUCCUGAGCAGCAGGAGAAACAUCGCUCUGCGCAGUGACUCCUCCCAAACCCGCUGCCCCGUCCUCUACUCCAACGCACCCACCUACUUCUGUGGCCAGACGCUGACCUUCAAGAUCUCUGCAGCAGGUCAGACGGAUCGGAGGGACAGUCUGGGCGUGUGUGUGGACAGCCAGAGGGGGGCGGAGUCACUUCAGAGAGACCAGGCCGUCUGCAUUUCCACCAAUGGUGCUGUAUUCGUCAACGGCAAAGAGAUGACCAACCAGCUGCCUGCCAUCACCGUGGGCUCCGCCGUGACCUUCGACAUGGAAGUGGUGAACCUGUUUCCCAUCAGCAACAAUAACCUGAGCGAGGGGGGCAACUUCAAGCUGAGGGUGACCAUCGGCUCGGGGAAUCGGGAGGUGGUGUUUGAUUGGCUGGUGGACCAGGCGGUGGACUGCCUCUUCUUUGGCUGCUCUUUCGUCCAGUCCGGCUGGAAAGUGCUCGUGUUUUAAGGGCUCGAUCACUCGACUUUAAAGGAGCAGAAUGGAUCCUUUUAAUCUGCUGGAGUUUAGGAGCUCAGUUAUCUCGACUUUAAACUUUUCUCUUCUGUUGUUUUUCCUCUCACAACCUGAGCCACUUACAGGGUGACAGGUCUGGAAAGAAGGGAAAAAUCAGUCAUUUCUCCCCAGAACUAACUUCCAGAUGAGUUUUUCCACUUUAACAGCUACACACAAUAUUCGUCCCUAAUUCGCUGGUCAGGGUUCCCUAUGCAACCUGUCAUGGAGCUUUCCAGACAUGGAAAAUUCUUGCGAAAUGGGACACAACUGAUCAGCAUGUCCUGGAAAACAGUUAGCCGACUUCACCAGAUCACAAUGACGAAGCAACAGGCGCGAGGUCGCACUGGAAGUAGAAGUAAAACUUUGUAAAACACAGCAGACUCUUCUGUCCUGCAGCUACAGCACCUGACGAAUACAGCGAAGUAGAAUGGUAGCCGUUUUCACAAAGCCCCGUAACCUUUGAGCCAAAUUUGGCAACACAAGCAGGUUUCAUUUCUGUUUGGAAAAGAGAUUCAACUUGUUAAAACUGUAGUUCAUGGAGCUCCAGAGGGAAUAUUUUUGUAGCAAGAAAGCAAGAUUAUGAGGAUUACAGACAAAUCUUUAAACAAAAAAAACUGAUCUGCUGCAUUUUUCAGUUUUACUUCUGCUUAUUUAGUCAAAAACAGCAGCUUGUUUCUUUGAGAGGCACAGAUUCAGCGUGUUUACAUGCACUUACAGUAAGUAACUUGGUUACUGGCGGCUUUCUGCAGUAAUCUGAGUUCGUCACGUAUAGAACAGAUCUGGUUUCUGUAAUCGGGGUAGGGAAUUAGAGAAAUCUGAUUUCCCCAGCGAGAUUUCUCCUGGAGAAAAACAAUUUCUCUGCCACGUAUACGUAACUGGGUUUCUAAUCAGCUGUUAACAUGUGCGCAUGUGCCUGACAAAGACUUAGGGGAAGGAAAAGUUUUGCUGUGACCACAGAGUAGUGGGAUGAAACCUGAACGCCCGUUUAAAGCUUUUAGUUGGUGAAAAGCAGUUUCCUUUCACUGUGACCUGAUUUCUCUGAGCAACUUGUUUUCUCGCGUGCACGUAAACGUCCCGACUGUGGCUGGGAGCCUCUCUGGGAGGAAAUGUGAUUGAUCCCGACUUUUCCAGACUCUCUGUAAACCUCUGUCAGUGUGGAUCUCCUCCACAGUCCUGCUGCAGCAGUGAUCCAGCUCUUCUUCAGUCUUCAGGGAGCCACGUUGGAGAAUUGAUUAAUUGUGUUCAUCACAGCUUCUUGGCUUUUAGUUUUAGUUGGAUCCUCGGGCCUUCUUACAAGGUUGGCCAUUGUUUACAGCCUUUUUUUAUUUGGCAUCUCCCUCGCUGUGGGGAAGAGCUGUAUUUGGCAAUGCAUCGUCUUAAUUUAGCCGUAGUACGCAGCCUGUCAGGACACACACUGUUCCUAGGAGGCCACAAGAUGAUAGAUAAGUUGUUUUUUUUGUUGUUGUUUUUUUUGUGGCGCAGCAGGAAAGUAAAGACAGACACGUUACAAUCUGCCUCUUUAAAAGGUGUAAACUCUUUGUUAUUGUUUUAUCUCAACAGAAACCCAUCACUGUGAAAGCCACACGUCGUCUUGUAUUUUCUUUGCCUCCUAAAAUUGUUCAUCGGAAGUUUAAAGGGACAGUUCGCCAAAAACACAAACCGGCCCGAGUGUUAUCCGUCUGUCUGGAGUUUUAUUUUGGAGAACCACAGAACACGAAGCUCAAUGGAAGCCAGUCGUCUUUCAAUUUUUCCUGGUAAUAUUAUUUUUUCGUGGCUUUCGUACUUUAGUUGGUUUAGCUUGCUUACAGGCUUGUGACUCGCCUGACCUCUGAGCCAAUCAGAAGCUUGAGAAAUGUUUGGGGAAAAGAAGGUGAAGUUAGCUGAUAAGUUUGGCUGUUGCGAAUCACAGCAGAGGCGUUCUGCAGGUUUUAACCUGAAAACGCUUUGUGCUGCUUUUAGCCCCCAAAACUCUGAAAAAACUCCUAAAAACUGCAAAGCAAUGUCUCAUCAAAGGUAAUGACACGGGAACUCUGAAGAAUCACCCGCAGCAGCUCAGCUUUUUAUUAUAUUGUUGGCCUGUUAUCUUUAGAUAAGUAUGUCAUUAUCUCAACAUAAAGUGUUUUCUUACAAUCACAGCUUCCUAAUUUUUAAUAUUGUAACCCAGAUAUAAUUUUCUAAGCAUCUUGAGAGAACAUGUUGUGUCCUGGUGUGAGAUGCUGAGAGGCAUUUUAUCCGGAGAUGAUGACACAUGUUGAGUUAAUGUCACAACUGAAUCUUUAUCUUGAAAUAACGAACUUAAAACUAAAUAUGAGCAUCAUUUAUCUUGAACUUGAGGAUUCAAUAGUAGCUUGACAAAUAAAAAACAACCCCAACAUAGAUGUGGGUGAAAGCUCCGGCUAGUUAAGUCAAUGUUAUGUCAAACCAAAAUCUAGAGACAACUAAAGCUAUUUUACUGUCUCCAUGCAGAAGCAAAAACCUGCUCAAUAGGUGAAAAUAUCAGUUAUUAUCUUGUUUCUGAGUGUUUGUUUUUUUAGCUUUAGACUUUUUAAGCUACAUCUGAUGGGACGGACGGAGCUAAAGGCUGAAGAAAUGAACUUUGUUCUCGGCUGAACGGUCGGCGUCAAAAUAAUCAAACUGUAACUUUGAAUAAUUUGAGCUUUUUGCAUUGACAAUCCUAACAGUAUUUACAAAACCUGCCGUUUUAGUGGGAGGGUGCGCAUGUUAGCUACAUGAUGGUUAUUAAUAAAUCUGUGAGGAACUAAUCAGCCUCAUUCAGUCCAGUUCACACAGACUUAUUACUGAAUGUGGCUGCUGUUACUGAGAGUGGGAUUAAUGUGAGGACCUGACUUAACCUCUUCUGUCGUAGUGUUCAUAUAAAAUAUUGUAAAAAAAAAAAAAAGAUUUAGGGCUGCAAUAAUGAUUAUUUUCAUUCUUGAUAAAUCAAAAUAACUAAUUACACCUAUGAAAUGUCAGAAAUGUCUCUGGUGACAUCUUCAAAUGUCUCGUUUUGUCCAUCAAACAGUCAAAAACACAAAGAUAUUCUAUUAAAAGCGAUAUAAAACAGAGAAAAGCAACAAAUCUUCGCUGGAACCAGAGAAUUUUUCUGCAUUUUUACUUGAAAAUGUUCUCACUAUCAUUAAUCACUCGUCAAAAUAGUCGACGACUUUCUGUCAGUUAACUGAACGUUUUGGCUCUAGUUAGCAAAACAAAAAUCAGCAUGUUUCCAGAGAACUGCAGCUCAGGAACACUGAGAGAAACAUUUAUUUAUUUGUUCUGUUAUCAAGAUCCUGUUCUGCUCACAACUAUAAAGUCUCAUGAUAGAGGUGUCUUGUUUUAAAGGAAUAAUUUGACAUUUUGGGACGUCACUGCACUCGGCUGUCGGCCGCCAACGAAUACUUCCAGCGCGUGAACUCCCAGUAAAACCACAAAUUAUCGUUUUUUGUGUUCUUGUUUUUGUACGAAUGAAACAAACGAGAUAAAGUGUUCAUCAGUGAGCUUUAGAGUUAGUUGGUAGGUGUUAGCUAGCUGUUUCCCCCCUGCCUCCAGUCUUUAUGCUAAGCUAAGCUAAUCGCCUCCAGUCUCCAGCUGCGUACUUAACACACAGACAUGAGUGGUGUCAAUCGUCUCGUCUCUCAGCUGGAAAGCAAAUAUAAGCGCAUAUCCCCAAAUGUCAAACUAUUCCUUUAACGGCAAAGCUAUUGUUUUGUUUUGGCAACACAGUCUUUGUAGUAGAAUAUUUUUUUCCUCUGUGUGACAAAAAGAUUGAAAAGACAAAUCGCAGGCGUGUCUCUAACGCUGGUACAUCACGAUGUUCCAUUAUGGCUGUCCACCAUAUUUAUGUUACUUUCACAAAUUUAUUUGUCUGCUGUCAGUUUUUAUUCUUUUUAUUUUUUGGUCUGUCUGGUGGAAUGAAGGCCUUUUAACAGUGAUGAUGCUUCUACGCUGCUGCAACAUUAUCAGUUAAAAAAAAAAAAGAUUUGUGAAUCCGCUCCGACCGCAGAUUUCAGCUUUUAACAAGGUCUGGAUAAAAGCCGCGUCAGCAAGAAUACAACACUGAAGAAAGUCUUCAGAAGUGAGUAUUCUUGACGUCGCUCCUUCUGCCUUUCAAACAGUUAGUUUGUUUUUCUUGUGCAAGUUUGAAAUGAGAAUAACCAUCAGUUGUGUUUGUCCUGCACGCUCAGUGGACUGUCGUUGAGGUGUCGUGGGACACAUUCGCUACCACUGACUUAAAUUAAAAUUCACAUUUCAGAAACCUUUCUGGGCUCAGCUCCAUUUCAACCAACCAACAACGUUCUUCAGAGACGUUUCCUCGUUUUUCAGCUGAUCUGAGGUCGGUGUUUUGUCUUUGUGGAGGACAGUGGAACCCUGAAUGGGUCCAGUUGAUGGUACAGAUUUCCUGAAACCAGUGAACACAACCUGACUGUCUCUUCUUCCUGCCUGAAGGAGUGAAAACUGGUAACUGAACCACACUGAAGCAAACCGUGUGUGUGUGUUUGAAAGCGUUUGGCAGUCAAAACAGCGACGCCUGCUGGUCAAACCGUUGCAUUGCAUUUGUUCCCACUGCUGUCAUCUGUGAUAUUUUGUUCAAUAAAAGUCAUAUCAUGUAAACUGA